AUUCAUGGAUUUAAAAGAUUGUUGGGUAGAAAAUACAAUGACCCACAAACGCAGAGAGAGCUGCAGAUGUUACCAUUUAAGGUAACUCAACAAUCAGACGGAAGCAUCGGUAUACAUGUACAGUAUUUGGGAGAAGAACACGUUUUUUCGCCUGAACAAAUAACUGCAAUGUUGUUCACAAAAUUAAAAGAUAUAUCUGAGACAGCUCUUCAAACUAUCGUUAACGAUUGUGUCAUUUCGGUUCCUUCGUAUUACACACAAGCCGAACGACAGGCGUUGCUCGAUGCCGCACGAAUUGCUGGUUUAAAUGUUCUUAGAUUAUUUAAUGAAACCACAGCUACUGCUUUGUGCUACGGUAUUUAUAAACAAGAUUUGCCAGCACCUGAUUCACAUCCUAGAAAUGUAGUUUUCGUUGACUGCGGGUAUGCAAGCUUACAAGUAAGCAUUUGUGCAUUCCACAAAGGGAAACUGAAGAUGCUAGCGAGUACUGCCGAUAGCCAGUUGGGUGGGAGAGAUAUAGAUUCUAUUUUAGCAGAACACUUCUGUAAAGAUUUCCAGUCACGUUAUAAUAUUGAUCCACACACAAAUCCACGUGCAUAUAUACGACUACUGGGAGAAGUAGAAAAAUUGAAGAAACAAAUGUCGGCCAAUUCGACGAUGCUUCCUCUUAACAUUGAAUGUUUCAUGGACGAGAAAGAUGUUCACGGUGAAAUGAAGCGAGCCGAUAUGGAAUCGAUGUGUGCACAUUUAUUUAAACGCGUCGAACAAACUUUGCGUCAAUGUUUAGAAGAUUCUAAAUUGAAGUUGGACGAAAUUCAUUCAGUUGAAUUAGCUGGAGGUUCUAGCCGUGUUCCUGCUAUUAAACGAUUAGUCGAAGAAGUGUUUGGUCGUCCUGUAUCUACGACAUUGAAUCAAGACGAGUCGGUCGCUCGAGGAUGCGCGCUACAGUGUGCUAUGUUGAGUCCCGCUGUAAGAGUUCGUGACUUUUCAGUGACUGAUAUUCAACCGUUUCCAAUCAAGUUAACGUGGGAUCCUACUCAAGGCGAAGAUGGAGAAAUGCAGGUCUUUGGACAGAAUCAUCCAGUACCAUUCUCAAAAAUGUUAACGUUCUAUCGAUCGAGCCCAUUCACGCUCACUGCCACUUAUAAUGUACAACCAUCACAUUUUCCACAAACUCUCAUUGGUGUGUUUACAAUAAAAAAUGUUAAACCGACGGCGGAAGGAGAAUUGUCGAAAGUAAAAGUGAAAGUGAGGAUAAAUCUGAAUGGGAUUCUUACCAUCGCCUCGGCAUCGUUAGUUGAGAAACGUGAACUUACCCAACAAGAAAAAGAGGAGGAAGAGAAACUGCAACAGCAGCAGCAGCAGCAGCAGCAGCAGCAGCAGCAGCAAAACAAUAUGGAUGUUGAUCAUUCGGCAGAUAAAAAGGAUAAACCUGAUCAAGAAGCACAAGCAAAUGAACCACCGGCACCCGAAGGCGACGAUAAAAAUGAAGAUGGCAAAGGGAAAAAGAAAGUUCCUGUUCGUACUGUUGAUUUACCGAUAGAGGUACGUGGAUUCGGACUUGCCCAACGUGAACUGGAUGCAGCGUUGGAGAAAGAGUGUAAAAUGAUCGCUGAGGAUAAGCAAGAAAAGGAACGCGUUGAUGCACGUAACGCACUAGAAGAAUAUGUUUAUGAUUUACGGUCUAAAUUGUCGGACGACGAUCAGCUGGCUACGUUUAUCGCGGAGCCAGACAAAGAAGCACUUUGUCGCACGUUAGAUGAAACCGAGAACUGGUUAUACGAAGAAGGUGAGGAUUGUCAGCGACAAGUUUACUCAGAACGAUUGACGCGCCUUAAGUCACAAGGUGAACCGAUCAAGGAAAGGCGAAUGGAGUUUGAAGGCAGGGGUCAAGCGUUAGAAGAGUUGGGAGUAGCUUUGCUGCUUACCACCAAAGCGGUACAUGAAAUCAAAGCAUCCAGUGGUAAGGAUGAUAAGUAUGCCCAUAUAACGGAAGAGGAAGUGGAGAAGGUCGAGAAAACGUUACAUGAAAAAUGGAAGUGGCUCGAAGAGAAACGUGCGUCCUUCGCCAGUGCACAUCGCACCCAACAACCUCAAGUCACUAUAGCUCAAAUCCGAGCCGAGAAACAGUUACUGGAUAAUAUCGUGUUACCAAUUUUAAAUAAACCAAAAUCUAAAGUCGAGCCACCUAAGGAAGAGAAACCUAAAGAUAAGGCUGGUGAAGAACAACAGAAAAGCAAACAAAAUAGUCAGAGUAGCGAUAGUGGUGGUCAUCCACAAACUAAUCAGCAGCAGCCUGUAGAAGAUAUGAUGGAUAUUGAGUAACGCUCAUCCUCCUACUUUAUGUGUUUUAAUACUACUGAAACUACGCAUGAUUAAAACAACAAAAAUUAUUUCAUCGUACGAAUCAUUUUUAUCAUGUCACAAAAGCGCCUGAUCUACUUUCAGUUAGCCAUGUAUGAGCGUUUUUCUUUCUUUUCUUUUCUUUUCUCAUUGCAGUUUAUUCAUCGUGAUGAAUUUACUUAUUUAAGGACACACGUGUAUCGCUAAUUUAAGUGUAUUGAAGAAUUCGAAGAAUUUUUUUUAUAAAUCCAUUAGGUUUGCGUAGUUACUUUUUCACGUCGUCGAUCGACAUUAUUAUUUCACAGACAAAUAAUGAUAUGUGAAACUCGUGGAGAUCUUACAAAGUAGGGUGUCCGAAUUUUGUUAAAUUCAUUUAGUGAAGGAGCAUGAGCAAGUACACGUUAUACCUUCGUUCUCAUUAAUAAAUACUAAUUAAUAGCUGCUAAAUAAUGUACAGAGCUUGUAGCAAUUGCCUUCCACCACGAGGGAAUUGUUGAAAAACGUUAUCUCUAAUUGUCUAAAUAAAAAAAUUCUUCAAUGUUUUCGUAUGCUUUUUAGGAAGAUUUUAUGAAUAAAAUUUUGUGCCAGCGGAGUGCUCGAAAGAAAACCCCUGAAAUCUUUUGCCGGUAGAUUUCAUUAUACAUUGUAACCUAUACAUACAUAGGGACGAACACUAAGUUAGUAGAUGAUUAAAUUAAAUUGUGAAGUAAGUAAUAUCGCUGGCGAUCUUAUGUAUUUAAUAUGAUAUAAUAAGCAUUCAUUCCAACACUUUCCCGGGUCGACGACAAGAUAUUUUGUCACGAAAACUUUUGUUGCAUUUACGAUACUUGAAUAAAUUAAUACAUCAA